CACACGGUCCGUCCACCAAAUGACAAAUGAGUGAGAAACUAAAAAAAUUCAUUCCUACUUUUACAGUCAAAGAGAAUACCUACUUUAUUUUUAUUUUAUAUAUUUUAGUGAUUAAGGCUAAGUAUCUUACCUACCUAUUAGUAUUUCUUGUUAUAUUUAUAAAUUGCAAAAGUGAGCAUGAUUUUAAUAAAUAUUUCUGAUAUGGCUAGUUGGUGGACAUUAAUAAUAGCUAUACAAGUGAUGUUCAUAACAACAUACUUCUUUUGGGCCAAGAAAAGGCCUAGGAAAAGUAAUGAUCCACUGUGCAACGGAAAACCAGUCAAAUGGGAACCGACACCACUUAUAGAACACAAUGUGAUUGUGGAAGAGCCCCCUUUAAUGGGGAAAUUGGAUGAGAAUGUGCUGAAUGUUGGAGCUACAAAUUUUUUGUGUCUCGACAAAGAAGAAACUAUUACAAACGACGUGCUCAAGUCUUUAGAAAAAUAUGGAGUCGGUUCAUGUGGUCCGAGAGGGUUUUUUGGUACUAUUGAUGUUCACCUGGAAUUGGAGGAGCGUCUUGCCAAGUUUUUAGAAGUUGAAGAGACUUGCGUGUACUCGUAUGGUUUUUCAACGAUAUCUAGUGCUAUACCGGCUUAUGCUAAGCGCGGCGAUAUUAUAUUUGUAGAUGAGAAGGCAUGGUUUGCCAUACAAAAAGGACUAGACGCCGCACGGAGUACUGUACGGUACUUCAAACACAAUGACAUGGGCCACCUGGAGGAGUUGCUGUCAGAAGCAGCACAGAGAAAGGAGUUGAAUCCAAAGAGACGAGCAUUCCUGGUCGCCGAAGCGGUAUACUUUAACACCGGUGAGAUGUGCCCUUUGAAGCGAUUGGUGGAGCUCGCCAGGAAAUACAAGCUAAGGAUAAUGUUGGAUGAGAGUUUAUCUAUAGGGGUAUUAGGCAAACACGGGCGCGGUAUAACGGAACAUUUGGACAUUCCACGGGACGACAUCGACCUGAUCAUGGGGUCUCUGGAGCACUCCUUCGGGACUAUUGGCGGGUUUUGCGCCGGCACCCAUUUCAUCGUUGAGCACCAGCGGCUUUCUGGAUUAGGUUACUGCUUCAGCGCGUCAUUGCCACCGAUGCUGGCUCAAGCUGCCAUCUCAGCUCUCGACGUAAUGGAGGACAGGCCCGUCGUGUUUGAGGAACUCCAGGAUAUCUCCAAGAAAUUUAACAAGGUAUUGUCGUCUCUAAGACACUACAGAUUCGCCGGCGACGAACUCUCACCAGUCAAACACGUAUACCUCAAAAAAGAGGACUUGACUGACCGUCUCAAACACACUUACCUCCGGAGCAUUGCCAAAUAUUGUUUAGAGAAAGGAAUAGCAGUCACACCUGCAGCUUACUUAGUGGAUGUAGAGGUUAAUUGCCCAGAGCCUUCUAUAAGGCUGGCUUCGAGUAGAAAGUUGAAUGAUGACAACAUGACAUUGAUUUGUUCGCUUUUAGAUGAAGCAUAUGAGCAAGUUGGUCCAAAGCCUGAUAUAAGACCGCUAUGAGUUAGAAAUGUUUGAAAUUCAUAUGCGUAGCAGAGAUUUAAUAGAAUAAUACUGUUGAAUUUAAAUUCCAUAUUUAUUGUUGGUAUUUUAAACUCAGUGCCUUUUAUAAGCUAGACUAUAAUAUUUAUUUCAAAUAAUAAUAAUUAGCCUUCUGAUUAGAUCAAGUUUCGAUUGAAAAAAAUCCUAUAAGAUAUCUCUGAGCUCAGUGUGCCUUUUGGCAAAGGCCUCCUCCAACUGCCUCCACUGGUGUCUGUCUAAAGCCACUCUUGUCCAGUUAGAUCCCAAUGUUAGGCUUAGCUCGUCUUUCUACCUCGUUGUUAUAGGGCGACCUCGCUUUCUUUGACCAUCUCUGGGAUACCAGUGGGUUCUGUAUAUUUUAUCUGUUCCGUAUGUGUUUGCUCCAUUUUUUUGACUGACAUCGCAGCAUAUGACCUGUCCAGCCCCACUUCAGAUGGUCGAUGCGAUAGAGUAUGUCGGUAACUUUGGUUCUUUUCCUUAUUUCUGAGUUCCUUAUUUGGUCCGUCAGUCUCACACCCAACAUGCUUCUCUCCAUGGCUCUUUGGCACUUAGCUAAGCUCUCUCUAUGCUUUUCGGUUAGAGCCCAAGUUUCGCAUUUAUAAUAACGCUUAAUAUUUAUUUAGCUAACAGUUAUUUGCGAUGGAUCUCCGCUACGCUUCCAUGGACAUCCUAUAUUUGCAUUUAUAUAAAUUGCUAAAGUAUUUUUAUCAAUGUAUAAUGAAAACAAUUCGUUGAGGAAAUUGACAUUCCCAUUGUUUAAAAUGAACACAACUCGAAUAUUAAUUUACCUAAUAAGAAUAAAAACAUAUUAACAGUUUUCUAAAUAUUGUGUUAUUUUUGAAUAUUCAAUAUAAUUUUUUUGUCAUUUUGUUCAACGAAUAUUUGGUCUUCUUAAAUUAUUUUGAUAUUUAUUUUAUUGGUAUCGUAUAUAAGAAUAUUUUAUUAUAUGUCCCUAGGGAAAAUAAUUUUAAGCAUUAUGUAUUAUUUUAAUCUCCAUAACUUAAAACUUAUUUUUGAUAUAUUUUUUAUUGUGUUUAAUGGAUAACAGUAUUUUAUUAAUGUAAUUUUGUUUACAAGUCACAAAUAGUACUUGCGUUUGUUUUGUCGUUUAUAUUUUCAUUAUGAUUGUUAGAAUGUAGCAAAACCGUUAUAAACAAGACACUGUCUACCUCGUGAGAGAUAAGGGUAUCGUGUAUUUCUACACAUAUCUCCCUAAUGUGGCUGUGUAUGGUAUAAAAACCAAAACUCUAGACAAAUGUUCGCAUUUCAAUCAAAUUAGUUAACAGAUUAAUGAAAAGAAAAUUUUUUUUCGUAAUUAUGUUGAUAGCCUUUAUUCUUUUCAAAUAAAUUUUGCAUCUACUUUAAUCAUUUGAUAGACACUGUAUCAGAAGGCCACAACGGCAAACAGGACCUAUGCAUUUACAAUAUUAGUAUGUAUACUGGAAGUAUUAUAUAAUCUGUGGUAUGGAUAAAGGUAAAAUCUGAUAAAUUAACAGAAUAGAAAUUAUUAUGUCUAUUUAAGCUUAACAUUACAAACAUAUAGUAAAAGCUAUUUGUAAUGUUAAGAUUAGCUAUGUUAGGUCUACAAGCAACACUGAUAUGUUUUAUUGACAUUUUUGUUGACAAAGAUUAAAAGCAGCCUCUUACUAUUUUCUUAAUUACUAUUGUUAUUAUAUUCAUAGAGUUCAUAAGUAAACAAGUAAGUAUUGAUACAAAAUUGUAUUUACGGGUAAUAUGGCAAGGUCAAAACACACUUAUAUGUUAUUUUAUUAUUAAUAACUGUUAAUGGAACAAGUAUCUAUCAACAUAUCAUGUUAUCCAAUGUUAUUACAUUCAAGUAUUUGUCACAAAGAAUAAUUAAUGUUCAAAUUACUACUAAUUUAGGGUGUUCUGAAAUUUGUUGCAACGAUUAAGUUGCAGCAAUUUAAAAUGUAUUUUGAUUGAUGUAUUGCUUAUUUUCCAAUUUAAUAUUACUGAAAAUUGUAUUGUCGUUUGUUACGCUAUAUAAUAAAAUGACAUUAUUACUAAAA